AUGUCACAGUUACGCUAUGACGGACAAGUUGCGGUUGUUACUGGGGCAGGAGGUGGUCUCGGAAAGGCAUAUUCCAUAUUUCUUGCCUCCCGCGGUGCAAAAGUUGUUGUCAACGAUCUUGGAGGUUCAGGCCAUGGUGAGGGCAAAGCAAGCACCCUUGCGGAUCAGGUCGUGGCUCAGAUUGUGUCAUCUGGAGGCCAGGCAGUCGCAGACUACAACAAUGUUGUUGACGGCGCCAACAUUAUUCAGACUGCCAUCAAGACUUAUGGACGCAUUGAUAUUCUCAUCAAUAAUGCCGGCAUCCUUCGGGAUAUCAGUUUCAAGAAUAUGACUGACCACGAUUGGGACCUGAUCAUGGCGGUUCAUAUUUCAGGAUCUUGGAAGUGUGCUCGCGCCGCCUGGCCAUACUUCAGAAAACAAGGGUAUGGAAGGAUAGUUAAUACUUCAUCAGGCGCAGGGUUAUUUGGCAAUUUCGGACAGACAAAUUAUUCCGCUGCAAAGCUCGGACUCGUUGCUUUCACCAAAACCCUGGCACUUGAAGGCAGAAAAUACAACAUCCUUGCAAAUGUUAUCGCACCUAUGGUGUGGACGAAGGAGAUGCUUCAAUUGCUCGACCCGUCUUACGUGAUGCCAUUAGUUGCGAUCUUGGUGGACAAAAAUUGUCGGGAAACUGGAUCCAUCUUCGAAGUAGGCGGUGGCCACAUGGCAAAAUAUAAGUGGGAACGCUCGCGCGGUGCGAUAUUCGCCCGUGAUGACAACUUCACAGCGGGUUCAUUGUUACGAAGAUGGGACGAGGUGACCGAUUUUCGACGACCUCAACAUCCUGAAGGUCCUAUGGACCUCAAGGAAGUUCAGGAGAGGCUUCUCCAUGCUCCUCCAAAUCCAAAGACGCCGAAUCUUGACUUCACUGGCAAAGUCGUCCUCGUCACAGGAGGAGGUGCAGGACUUGGUCGAAGUUAUUGCUUAGCAUUUGCAAAACUUGGCGCUCUAGUAGCCGUCAAUGAUGUUGUCAACGCGCAGAAAGUGGCGGAAGACAUCGAAUCCCAGGGAGGCAAAGCUAUUCCAAUUACCGCAUCAGCGGAAGAGGGUUCGCUUAUUGUGAAAGAGACUGUCAAUGCUUUCGGACGUAUCGACAUUGUCAUUAAUAAUGCGGGUAUAUUGCGAGACAAAGCUUUCAUCAAUAUGGAUGACAAGUCCUGGGACGACGUUAUGAAGAUCCAUCUACGGGCAACAUACAAGGUCACGCACGCUGCAUGGCCGCUGUUUCAAAAACAAAAAUUUGGUGUGAAAACGUUCUACUUCAAUCGGAAAGUGCCCCGAUUUCUGACACUUGGAUCUAGGUCGAGUAGUCAAUACCACAUCUACAACUGGUAUCUACGGAAAUUUCGGGCAAACAAAUUACGCAACAGCCCUGGCAUUCUCGGGUUCUCCUUGGCUUUGGCCAGGGAGGGUAAAAGCAAAAACAUCUAUGUCAACACUAUCGCUCCGUCCGCAUACACAGCAAUGGCUCAAUCGGUUAUGCCAGUAGAACUUGCUGAGGUCGUCAAACCUGACGAUGUGGUUCCACUUGUUCUCCUGCUCUGCAGCGAUAAGCUGUCAAAUCCGACUGGCAAUUUAUAUGAGGUUGGAGGUGGCAAAGUAUCUCAGACGCGUUGGAUCAGAAGUGGAGGCUACACCUUUCCGACAGAUGGAGUUCUCACUCCUGAGCAGGUACUUCAGAAUUGGGAGCUUGUAACGAAUUUUGACGACAGAGCCGAUCACCCUUGGACUCCUGAAGAAGGAGCAGCGAAGAUAAUGAAAACUAUCGAAAAUCAAGCAUCCAAGGCUCCAAGUAAAUCGAAUGCCUCAUAUCUGGAUGGCAUCAGUACUGUAAUAGCUGGUCCACCAUGGAAAUCACAAUUCAUUUACACAAACAGGGAUGUUUCCCUCUACAAUAUUGGGGUUGGGGCUAAACACAAUCAAUUGCCCUUGGUUUAUGAAAAUGAUCCUAAUUUCAGAGUACUUCCAACCUUUGGAUCGACUUUGAAUUAUUUCACAAACACGCAAGAACUUUUUAAGACUCUGAUACCCAGAUUUGAUCCAAGCAUGAUGUUGCAUGGUGAAGAAUAUUUAGAGAUCCUCCAGUUCCCAAUACCAACCUCUGCUACGCUCGACUUUGAGAACAGGGUACUUGAAGUAAUUGAUAAGGGAUCUGCAGCGGUGGUGAGGACGAGCAUUACAAGCAUCGAUAGGGCAACGAAACGAAAGGUCUUCUACAGUGAAGUCACCACUUUUAUACGUGGAAGCGGAGGUUUUGAUGGUGAGAGGAACGGGAAUGAUAGAGGAGCAGCCACUGCUGCUAACAGACCACCCCCAAGAGAGCCAGAUCACGUCACAGAGGAAAGAAUAUCAUUGGACCAAGCCAUUAUCUACCGCCUGAGUGGUGACUACAACCCACUGCAUGUCGAUCCCGGAUUUGCCGCGAAGGGCGGAUUUUCCAAACCAAUCCUCCAUGGUUUGUGCACAUAUGGAAUGGCAGGAAGAGCUGUGUUUGAACGCUACGGCCAAUUCAAGUCUAUCAAAGUGCGCUUCACGGGCACAGUCCUUCCAGGCCAAACAUUAAGAACAGAGAUGUGGAAGGAGAAGAACAAGAUUAUCUUCCAGACAAUCAUCAAGGAGACUGGAAAGCCAGCACUUGCGGCUGCUGCUGUGGAGCUGAUGGACUCGAACGCGAUGUCUAAGCUCUAG